GCUGGGGCGCAGCGCGCUGGGUGUGCGGGCCGCGCGUUGCUGGGGCUGCGCUGCCCGCCCGUGCGCUGGCAGGUCCGCCCCGCAGGCUGCGCGUGCCCGCGGGCUGCCCGGCGGGUGUCCCUGGGCCCGCAGCCUGCCCGCAGCCUGCCCGCAGGCCGCCCGUGGCUUGUGCCCUGGCAGGCGGUGCCUGGCGGGCUGUGCGCUCGCGGGUUGUUCGCCCGCAGGCUGUAUUUGCGGGCUGUGUCCUGGGCAGGCUGUGUUUGCGCAAGGCUGUGUGUCGGCAGGCUGUGCUUGCGGGCUGUGGUGUGUCGGCAGGCUGUGUUUGCGGGCUGUUUGCGGGCUGUCUUUGCGCAAGGCUGUGUGUCGGCAGGCUGUGCUUGCGGGCUGUGUUUGCGGGCUGUGGUGUGUCGGCAGGCCGCGUCUCCAGGCUGCCCGCUCGCCGCCCGCCCGCGGGUGCCCCGCAUGCCGCCCCGGGGCGCGGGGGUCACGCACGCACCGCCGGUGGCUCUGCAGGACACGCUCCGGCCGCCCGCAGCGCCGCCGGUCCCGCCGCUGUCUCCGCACAAGCCUGGGUCCCGCAGCCCCCACCCCGCACUGCCGAGGGCUCCGGGGGGCAGGGCCGUGGCGCGGGAGGAGCCGUCGGGCUGCGGGACUACAAGUCCCAGGGUGCCGCGGCCCGAGGGGGCGGGCGGGGGCCGGGUUCCCCCCGCCCUGCUGAUGUGUACGGGCGGCCGCGGCGGCUGGAUGCGGGGGGAGAGGCUCGGCCGGGGGGGGCCGGGACCGGCUGACACCUCUGCUGGCCCGCAGGGAGCCGGGCCGGGCUCCCGCAGCCGGCCAUGGCCUCCAAGCUGCUGCGGGCCGUGGUGCUGGGACCCCCCGGCUCCGGUAAGGGGACGGUGUGCGAGAGGAUCGCCCGCAGCUUCGGGCUCCAGCAUCUCUCCAGCGGCCAAUUCCUGCGGGAAAGCCUCGGCGGCGGCGGCGAAGUUGGUGCCUUGGCAAAGCAGUACCUGGAGCGAGGCCUCCUGGUGCCCGACCACGUCAUCACCCGCCUGAUGCUGACGGAGCUGGAGAAGCGGCGGGAGCAGCACUGGCUGCUGGAUGGUUUCCCACGGACGCUGGGGCAAGCCGAGGCGCUGGACAGGAUCUGUGAGCUGGACCUGGUGAUCAGCUUGAACAUACCCUUUGAGACGCUGAAGGACCGGCUGAGCGCCCGCUGGGUGCACCCGCCCAGCGGCAGAGUGUACAACAUGGACUUCAACCCUCCCCACGUCCAGGGUGUGGAUGACCUGACGGGCGAGCCCCUGGUCCAGAGCCAGGAUGACAGACCCGAGGCCGUGGCUGCCAGGCUCCGAAAAUACAAAGAUGCUGCAAAGCCAGUCAUAGAGCUCUACAAGAGCAGGGGCAUCCUUCACUCCUUCUCGGGGACAGAGACCAACAAGAUCUGGCCCUACGUCUACACCCUGCUUUCCAGCAAGAUCCCACCCCUUCUCUCAGAUGAGGAGAACUAAACAACUUGUGCCAAGGACCAAGAGUUAGUUGGAUCAUGGAUUUGGUUUCUCUGCUGGGGCUGUGCUCAGACUGGGUGAUCAAAAAUCCCUUCCCUGGGUGUGCUGGGUGGCACUGGUGGAUACAUGGUUAUUGGUGGUAACAGGGUGAAAAGAUCCUUGCUGAUAAGGUCCAUUUUGCUAGAAUAAGGGUUUUUUUCUCUCUUUUGAAGCUAUAAAGUAUUUCUCCCUGCUGUCCAAGAACACACACAGACCAGGGGUGCAAAGAGUGACCAUACCAGGUUUGCACAUCUUGCUGUGAUGUCCCUGCCAACCCCAUGCCUCUGUUUGCACCCAUAAGGGUGCAAUCCUGUUGCCCCACAGUGCCCUUCACAGCAGGUGCCUCCCUGCACUGCUGGGUUUUUUCAUAUAUUUUUUUCUGUUAAAUUUAAUUCUCAGAGAAAUCAGGCCCUAAAAAGCAAGACCCAGUGGGAACCGGUGAGCAACAUGGAAAACAUUCACACUACCAAGCUCAAAAAUAUAAAGAUCACUUUCCCAGCAUUAACACACACAAAAAAAGAGGGAAAACAUUGGAAAACACUCACUUUUUCUUCUUCCAUUGAGAGAGAUGAAACCCCAGUUAAGAGAAAGCUGCUGGACAGUCUGGUGCUCAUGAGGUGCUGGGACCCUGAGCAGGAUCUGGACUGGGGAUGAGUUGCAGUCCCCUGUGCUUACCUUGUUUAUAGCUUUUAAUACUCCAAGAUCCAGUCAUGUCUCUCCCAAAGAUGUAUUUUAAUGUGUUCUUCAGUUUUGGGGAGAAAUCAAGUCAUUCUGUCUUCUGUGCUGCCUUUGUCCCUGAGGUCCUCUCGAGAUGGGCUGUUCCCAGAGUGGUUCCUGCUGUGGCUGCAGCAUCCCUGCCUAAAGCAGCUCCUUCCCCAUGAAUUCCUGGAGGGAUCAGAGCCUUCCCUUCCCUGGGAUGCAUGCGGGGACUUUUUAGGGUAUUUUCCUACAAUUCCAGCAUCUGAACGUGUCGCUCCUCCCGUGCAGGAGUGGCUUUUCUCAACUGGAAGUACUGUAACCUUCUUUGGUGGCAGGACCCAAGCGAUGGGGACGUUCUUUUUGUCUCCUUGAGUUGCCUUAUUUUAUAGACUAUAUAUUUAAAAAAAAACAAAAACAAAAACAAAAAACCAAACAAACAACAAGCAAGAUGUGUAUUUUCAAAGGUUUAAAAAGAAAACAAACAAACAAAAAGCUGAAUUUUAGCACUGCAUGAAGCCACGUUGGUGGAGCCAGCUGCAGCCUGCCAUGGGAGGGCAGAAAAUCUGUCACUCCCUGACAUCCCUUUGAUUAAUUAGAGCAGCCUGGGCACGUUCCUGUGGCUGAAAUGUCCCUGGUUUUCUUUUUUUUUGCCCGAAGACUGGCCCUGUGGCAGAGGAUGGGGAGCUGAGGGGCUUCUUUAGGGGUGCACAGGCUCCGUGUGCAAAACUUCAGCGCAUCCCUGGGAGCUUUUUGUCCCUGCUGAGCCACCCACAUCCUUGUGCUCUCGGAGCAGCCCCUGGUGUUUGCUCUCAGCUUGGCCCUGGAUCUCUCCUGAGAAGGGAAUCUGAAGCCCUCGGGCACCUCCUGAGGGAGAUCCCUGCCCACAGAGAGGGUGAAAGGGAUGGAAGUGGCUCCGCAUCCCUCUCCAGAUGGGAAUUUCCCAGGUGAGAGCAGAGGGACCAUCAGAUUUCACUGCUGUCCCUGGUGACCUUUCCAUCCCCCCUGGAGCUCCGGGGCUAGGAGGACACAAACUUUUCCCCCUGCCAUGAAAUCCUAUUUAAAGAAGAUUUUAGCUUUUCCCAUGACCCUCAGAUGAAAGGCUGGGCUGUUUUUAAACACAAAUCUAGAAAUAGCCAAAAAUAUGUGUGCUGUUUUCUUUUAACAGCAUUGGGCAGGAGGGGAGGAGAUGGUGGGGUGAGUUUUUUUAGGCUAUAAAAGCAGCCUGGCCUCAUUGGGAGGCUCUUCUGGGGCCGAGGACCAGGCAGGGGGGCUGCUACCUGCUUUCCCUUGCCCAGCUCUCAUGUCCCUGCCUUCCCUGCUGCCAAGGGAACCUGUGGCAGGACAGGGCUGGCAGAUGCCUUUACCCCAGAAGAGCCACUCAAGCACUUGUUUUAAUGGCUUUGAGCCCUGUAGUAGAUGUAGAAACCCCGUGGCUGUGCUUGUGUCCAGCCCUGGGGAUCCAUUUUUCUACAAGAGUUGUUGUAUGGUGCGUUUUCAUAGACCAAACACCAGCAGGGAUGAGGUCCUGGAGAGACAUGUAUCCCUUGGCUUUCCUCCAUCCCUCCCUCACCUUUCUUACAUCCCUCACCUUUCUUCCAUCCCUUGCCUUUCUUCCAUCCCUUGCCUUUCCUCCAUCCCUUGCCUUUCCUCCAUCCCUUGCCUUUCCUCCAUUUCUCACCUUUCCUUCAUCCAUGCCUCACCUUCCCUCCAGCCUUGCCUUUUCCUUUCCUUUCCUUUCCUUUCCUUUCCUUUCCUUUCCUUUCCUUUCCUUUCCUUUCCUUUCCUUUCCUUUCCUUUCCUUUCCUUUCCUUUCCUUUCCUUUCCUUCCCUUCCCUUCCCUUCCCUUCCCUUCCCUUCCCUUCCCUUCCCUUCCCUUCCCUUCCCUUCCCUUCCCUUCCCUUCCCUUCCCUUCCCUUCCCUUCCCUUCCCUUCCCUUCCCUUCCCUUCCCUUCCCUUCCCUUCCCUUCCCUUCCCUUCCCUUCCCUUCCCUUCCCUUCCCUUCCCUUCCCUUCCCUUCCCUUCCCUUCCCUUCCCUUCCCUUCCCUUCCCUUCCCUUCCCUUCCCUUCCCUUCCCUUCCCUUCCCUUCCCUUCCCUUCCCUCUCCUUCCCUUCCCUUCCCUUCCCUUCCCUUCCUCUCCUUUUCUCCAUCCCUUCCUCUCCUUCCCUCCCUCUCCUUUCCUCCAUCCCUCCCUCACUUUCCUCCAUCCAUUCCUUGCCUUCCCUCCAUCCCUCCUUCUCCUCCCCUCCAUCCCUCCCUCUCCUCCCCUCCGUGCUCCCCUUUGGUACUUACUGUGAACCUGACGCCUUUUCUAAAGCGACGGCGAUUUUGUACCGACCCGAGAUACUGUGUGGUGGGAGGAGGGUCUCCGGGCAGCGCCGGCACCUCACGCCGGCUUUUCUUCCUGGAGCUUCUUCCCAGUGAAUUGCUGCAGCUCUGUUACCCCUCGGAAGAUGUAAAUAAAUUUUUUUUUUCCUGCUU